UGUGGGAAGGAGUGGUAAGGCUGAGACACUCUGGAGGUACAGGCGGGGCUCGGGAGGAGGCCGUUCUUCCACACAUAGCACUGUUAAACUUUUCAGAAAUACCGUUUCUCUCCCAUUACAUUUUGCCCUUCUGGGCUCACAUGGAUUUCAUAGAGCGCUGGUCACCAGAGACGGGGUCUUGGAAUGCCCGAUCCUCCAGUGCAAGCCCCUUUAGUCCUGCGGACUCGUACCAGGGCCCAUUUUCUUUCUCCCAGCUCCUUUCCUCCUUCCUGCAUGGUUUGGCCUGUCCUUGCCGGGCCCAUCUGGGGCAGGGCUGUCCCAGCCCAAUAACAAGUCCCUGUCUCCCAAGCCGGUGUCUGCAAUUCCGCUCCUCCCUCCUGCGCUGGCCGUUCUGUGUGUGUGACUCACCUCCUCUUCUGUUUAAAGCUGCCCACUUCAUUCAUCAUAGACAGCAGUUCAUCUUUCCAGACAUUUCGGCCUUUGCACAGGCAGCCCCACUCCCCGAAGCUGCCGACAGUACCCGGCUUAACGACCAGCCGAAAGCAGACGUGUUGGAGGCUCACGAAGCAGAGGCUGAGGACCCAGAGGCUGGCAAGUCAGAGGCAGAAGACGAUGAGGACGAGGUGGACGACUUGCCGAGCUCUCGCCGGCCCUGGCGAGGCCCCAUCUCUCGCAAGGCCAGCCAGACCAGUGUGUACCUGCAGGAGUGGGACAUCCACUUCGAGCAGGUAGAGCUGGGCGAGCCCAUCGGUCAGGGCCGCUGGGGCCGGGUGCACCGCGGCCGCUGGCAUGGCGAGGUGGCCAUUCGCCUGUUGGAGAUGGACGGCCACAACCAGGACCACCUGAAGCUCUUCAAGAAAGAGGUGAUGAACUACCGGCAGACGCGGCACGAGAACGUGGUGCUCUUCAUGGGGGCCUGCAUGAACCCGCCCCACCUGGCCAUCAUCACCAGCUUCUGCAAGGGGCGAACAUUGCACUCGUUUGUGAGGGACCCCAAGACUCUCGACAUCAACAAGAUGAGGCAGAUCACUCAGGAGAUCAUCAAGGGCAUGGGGUAUCUUCAUGCCAAGGGCAUCAUACACAAAGACCUCAAAUCCAAGAACAUCUUCUAUGACAACGGCAAGGUGGUCAUCACAGACUUAGGGCUAUUUGGGAUCUCAGGCGUGGUCUGAGAGGGACGGCGUGAGAACCAGCUGAAGCUGUCCCACGACUGGCUGUGCUAUCUGGCCCCUGAGAUCGUGCGUGAGAUGACCCCUGGGAAGGAUGAGGAUCAGCUGCCAUUCUCCAAAGCUGCUGACGUCUAUGCAUUUGGGACUGUCUGGUAUGAGCUGCAAGCACGAGACUGGCCCUUGAAGAACCAAGCUGCGGAGGCAUCCAUCUGGCAGAUUGGAAGCGGGGAAGGAAUGAAGCGUGUCCUGGCCUCUGUCAGCCUGGGGAAGGAAGUCAGUGAGAUCCUGUCGGCCUGCUGGGCUUUCAACCUGCAGGGGAGACCCAGCUUCAGCCUGCUGAUGGACAUGCUGGAGAAACUUCCCAAGCUGAACCGGCGGCUCUCCCAUCCCGGGCACUUCUGGAAGUCAGCUGAGUAA